AUACGCGCUUCAAUUAACAAAACUGUGUGCAAAUAUAAAUUUUAUUUUUCAAAAAUUGAUAACAUUUCUCCAAAUCGACUUCUAUAGGCGACUUUGCAAUGAAUACACGACGCGACCGCUUACUUAAACAAUAAACCGACGCGUCAUUUUGAUAUCCGCAUAUGUACACGCAAAAGACUAUGCAUACAUAUGUACACUCAACCGAUAUAUGAGAUGAGGCAAAAAGAAAAAGAAAAGAACCUGAACCUUAUCUCCAUGAUGAAAUCGUUAUGUUGUUGUUUUCAGGAAUUCUUAAGAAAACCCCUAUCAUGCCAUCGCCCAUGCAUACACCAUACAUUAAUGCUAAGCGCUACGUAGGGGGAACAGAGAUAGAUUUUAAAAGUUUACAGACGGCAAACUUUUUCCACAGAAAUUCUCACUAUAGCCAUAAACUGCCAUGGCCAUGGAAUAUGUGUCAAAAUGACCAAAGGUUAACAAUUAUUAUCGAACAAAUUGUCAGGCUUGGUUUGGUUCAAGCCAAUCUAGCUAAGCUAAGCUAAGCAACCGCUAGCACGGCACUAGGAAAGGCGAGAAAGAGAGAGAGAGAGAGAGAGAGAGAGAGAGAGAGAGAGAGAGAGAGAAAUGAAAAUACAAAACUUUACCAACCAUCGAAUAAACGCAUAAAACAAAGCUUUUUUUUUUUCCAUCAUUCUUUAGUUGCUUGCUUUGCAGUCCUAUAAUAAUAAGUCUUUUCUUUAUUUUUAUUUUUUUUUUGUUUUUCUUAAGACAGCGUUCGCAACCUCACGACGUAUGUGCACGUUUACAUUGCAAGUUAGCACAUAUGCCUGCCUCACUAUGCUUCUUGCACUUGCAGUAAAUUGCGAGUACAUACUUAAAUAUUACGUGCACAUGUAUGUAUAUGAAAACGUGCGGCAAAAAUAAAUAAAUAUAUAAAUAAAUAAAUAAAUAAACAGGGAAUGAAAAGUAACAGACAAACAAUAAACUUUAAGCGUCUGCUUGUCUGGCUUUGCCAGUCAUUUCAUUCUUCGUUGUCGUCGUCGUCAUCGUCAUCGUCAUCGUCAUCGUCAUCGUCAUCAUCAUCAUCAUCAUCAUCAUCAUCAUCAUCAUCAUUACCGUCAUCGACGUUGUCAUCGAAAGCAUUACACUAUCGCUGUAUUCGUCCUCGUACCCAACAAUCAACAAUAGCAAGAACGCCAACAACAACAACAACAACAACAACAAUAAGAACGACGAUGAAAACAUCACUUCAUUAAAACAUCAAUAGCAGCAUGCAGUUCUUUUUUUUCUUCUUCUUCUCUUUUUUGUUUUUUUUGUUUUUUGCUCUCUCCCGGUGUUUUUGCAUAAAAAUCACUUAAUAUUAUAAUGGGCAGACAUCAUGUUCACAGCAUUUUUUCACUUCAUCAACACCAAUUGGAAAAACAUACACAAACACAAACGUACAACAACUGAGGUGAAUCAAAAGUGAUCAUAGCAUGAGUUGAAUGAAGUUUGGUUGCAGAAAAGUCAAGUAAUAUGAAACACACAGGAGCGCAUUUGUUCAAUUGUAUUUUUAUUUUUAUUUUGCGACGCGGCAUAAUGUAGAAGAAAAAUGCAACAAUAUCAACGCAAAGCACACACGACAAACUGCUGAGCAUAGCAGACACAAAGCAUUUUAUUGUUAUUUUCUUGUCAGUCAGGUAAUUUUCGGCAUAAUGCUUUUUAAUAUGCUACGGCGUGCUAUAUACACAAAAGCAUUUUUACACAUGUAUGUAUGUAUUAUAUAUUUGAACAUAUGUACGUGCAUGUAGUUUAUAGGUAUACAAGACAACGGACAAAUGUAUGAAGCGACGUUAAAUACAAGCGCCAACAACUAACUAACUUCAACCGCCAGCAAACCUAUUUAGGCGUAACCCUUAUAAAACAAAAAGAACAAAAAAUAAAAAAAAAGGAAAAAAUAACAACGAAACAAAAAGCACGAAGAAACCGAUCAACGCGCGAUCCAAUGUCAGCAAAAAGAAAAGAAAUAAAACAAAAAAAAAACAAAAAAAAAACAAACUACAGAACUUAAAGCAAAAUUGAACACACACAAAUACAUAUAAAACACUUUCAAGCCUUUGAAUGGAGAUUUGUUCGUUGUUGUUUGGUGGCUUGUUUAACUUUAUUGAGAUCCUUUUUGUUUUGCGUUGUUAUUGUAUGUUAACGCGCGGGCCAGCGUACACUUUGUUGGUGGUAUGGUCUGGUUGCAAUGUUUAUUGUGCCACCAAAAGAGUUGGGCAUAAAUGCGGCCGCAACUAAAGCUUUAAUGUCUGGCAUAUAUAUGUGCGGCUACAUGUGUGCAUGCGUUUUAUGUUCAAGUUUUCUUGGCCUAAUUGGUGGGUAAUGACGUGCCUUGCUGGGACUUUCUCAAUGCCUCUCCCAGUCUCUCUUUCUUUCAUGCAACUUUUCGGUAUGCGAUGCAUGCAAGUUAAUGUAUAAUAGCAUUGUAUGUAUACGUAUGCAUGCAUGCAUGUGUGCGUGUGCGGUCCCAUGCUUAUAAAAGCGUUUAACAAGUUUUAUUAGUGCUUUCAAC